AAAGACCCAUCCAAUAUGGCGGAGAGGCUGUUAUGCCCUCCAGCGCCAGUGGGGCGUCUACGUAUUCAUGUCUAUGCGUGGUACAACCCACGACCGUCCUUGACUGAGGAAGAUAAAAUGGCGGCGUCCGUGGUCAGGUCUCUGGGUUCUAGUUUGGGUAGAAACCUCAGAGAGGUCCGCCUCCACCUCUGCCAGACCUCCGCGGCCAGCAAGGGAGUCAGGGACUUUGUGGAGCAGAACUACGUGACCCUGAAGAAGGCCAACUUGGACUUCCCUAUACUUAUCCGGGAGUGUUCUGGAGUCCAGGCCCGGCUCUGGGUCCGAUAUGGUUUGGGCAAAGAGACGAGUGUCUUAUUGGACAACAUGUCCGCUGAUCAGGUCGCCAAGGCUCUGCAGAGUUUGGCUGAGUCCAAACCUUAAAGGUGCUGGUUGGAUCCACUCACCUGAGAAUUCAUGACUUUGUUUUGUAAAUGUGUUAAUACGAAUAAAGAUUUAGACUGCC